AUGAGGAAGAAGGUGAAGCUUGCUUUCAUUAUCCAAAACUCCUCAAGGAAGGCCACCUUCAACAAGAGAAAAAGUGGCCUCCUCAAGAUGGUGAAUCAGCUCAGCAUUCUGUGUGGUGUCCCCGCUUGUGCGAUCAUCUAUGGUGAGAACGGCUCAAAGCCCGGGCUAUGGCCCCCAUCCCCUGACGAGGUGCGCCAGGUGAUCUCUAAGUUCCUUCUGAUGCCAGCAAUGGAGCAGACAAAGAAGAUGCUUAACCAGGAGAGCUUUCUCCGGCAGAGGAUUGCGAAAGCCGAAGAGCAGCUGAACAGACAGAGGCGGGACAAUAGGGAGAGAGAGGUGACUGAUGUGAUGUACCGGGGACUGGGCGGGCUGCUGGAGCAAGGGUGGCUCCUGGGCCUCAGCAUGUUGGACUUGAACGAUCUAGGGUGGGCGAUUGAUAAGACGUUGCACGAGAUCGUUUUGCUUAAGGAGAAGAUGAGCCAGCCCAAGGAGGCGGACAAUGUGAGGAGGAUGGCAUAA